UUCAGGUUUAAUGGUUCGAGAAGCCCUUACCUAAGGCCCAUAUGACGCACUGCAAAUAGGUCCGUAGUUAUAUAUGAAAAACUCUUACUUAUUUUUUUCUUCUUCUGAAAGAGGGGUGUUCAUAUUAUUUGUUCUGUUCCUAAAACCCUACCAAAAUCUCAGCAUUUAAGUCCUAAGACCCUGCAAAUCGGGUCUUCCAGAGUGAACAAGCUGCGGUAGGGCGACAUGGAACCGGAGAUGGUGAUUGCGUCAUCUUCAGUCGACGCCGGCAUAGGCUGCUGGGACCUCAAGACGGGUGCUAAGCAGUCGCUCCAUUACAAAUCCUGCGCCUCCACUCGCCACGGCCUUUCCGCCGUCGGCAGCCGCUUCCUCGCAUCUUCUCAGCUUCGAGACCCUAAGCUCGCUUCUGGUUUCAUUUACUACUGGUCUUGGUCCAAGCCGGGAGUGGAAGUGAAGAGCUUUGUGGAGGAGCCCAUAAAGCCUAUAGCUGCUAAUCGUGAAGGGACAUACCUUGUUGGUGGAGGGAUUUCCGGAAAGAUCCCCGGAAACAUAUAUCUUUGGGAGGUUGCUACUGGUAGAUUGCUUAAGAAAUGGCGUGGGCAUCUCCGGCAGGUCACUUGUCUGGUAUUCAAUGACGACGAUUCGCUUUUGGUUUCUGGGUCGGAGGAUGGCUCUGUCAAAGUGUGGGCACUUUUGAAGAUGCUUGAUGAUCAACAAACAGACGAUCCAUACUUGUAUAGCUUUGCAGAGCACACUUUGCCUAUAACUGACUUGGUGAUAGGUUAUGGAGGAUGGAACGCAGUUAUCGUUUCUGCCUCUGAGGACCGAACUUGUAAGGUAUGGAGCCUCUCUAAGGGUGAAUUGUUGAGAAGUGUUGUGUUUCCAUGCAUAAUCAAUGCAAUAGUCUUGGACCCUGGGGAAACUGUCUUCUAUGCUGGUGGUAAAGACGGGAAGAUAUAUUUGACUGCUCUUAGUGCUAGUAGCUCCUCCAGCAAAAGUCCUUGGUUGCACAUCAUCGGUUCAUUGUCUAGUGGAAGUAAGAACUUGAACGAGGCUGUGACUUCCUUAGCAUACAGUACCAGUAAAAACUGGUUGCUUGCUGGAUCAGAGGAUGGAUCAAUUCGAAUUUGGGACCCCAAGAACAUGAGCCUCAUUCGCGGGUUCAAUCAUGAAAAAGUAUUUUGCUCCCUAUUUGAGUUGUUAUUUUCUUUGAUAGAAAAUUGCCAUGUAGCUGUAGUAUUGACCUUCAAGUUAUGGUCAGAGCACAGAUUUUCCUUUGGAGCUCCAAUUUUCUUUUCUGAUCUUCAUCUAAAUUGUUUCCUGAGGCAGGUCCAGUGAACAAUCUCCAGGUCAUAAGGCGACGGAAGUCUUCACUACCACCCAAACUGUGGACACCCCAAAAUACUAAAGAUGCCGAUUCAACCACUGAGGCAAUCAUUACCUUGCCGCAUAUCAACAAUAAUCUUCUUGAUGCUGCAUAUGUCACCUCUCAAUUGAUCAACGACCAACUCAAAGAACUUCAGCAAAAGGGUUCUUCAACUGCGGCUGAGAUGGGAGUGGCAAAGCUGAAGCAUGAUCUUGCAGAGUCUAGACAAAUGACGAAGAGAUUGAAGAAAACUCACGACCUUCUGCAUGAAUUCUGCAUUGACGAGCUAUUGGAGGGUAAUCGCCCCUCAAAAGGGUAGUGUUGAUCAGGCUCUUUAGUAAUGAGCUCGCAAGUAAAUCUCUUUUGGAUGCUUAAGCUAGGUAGUUACUGUAGCUGUUAGUUUCGUUCAUUUCAUCUCUGUUUUUACGAUUGGUAUUUAUUUACUGUAGCUGUUAGUUUCGUUCAUUUCAUCUCUGUUUUUACGAUUGGUAUUUAUUUACAAUUCAAACCGUACUCUGAGUGAUGAGCUAAACUCAAUGGCAGUUAAUCAGUUGUAUAGGAAGAAUUUGCUUGUUUUGCAAGGACCUGCAUUCUCCAGGUGUGGACGUGUGGUGAUGUCUAGUAUAUAGUUAAUCUAUUGUGUUAAUGCUGGAAAUAUCUA